CACAGCCAACCCGCCUUUCAAUACGGCUCGGCUUAGCACUGCUUCCGGAUGAGGGAGGGAGAUAAAAAAAUCAACGAACGGUUUCUCCGAGAGAGCGGGAAAAAGGAAGGCCGAGAUGGAGAAGGCGCCGCCGCCGCCGCCGGCUGUUGCUUCCCCUCGGGACUGCCGGGUGCGGUGCUGCUCGCGGCGCCAGACGGCCGAGUUGCUGGGCUACUGCGAGCCUUUCGUGCGGAAGCUCGGGGAGGGCCAGCCGGUGGAGGCCGAGAGCUUGGAGCAGGCCGUGGGGGAAGCGAUCUGGAACUUUGAAACAGCUGUACAGGCAAAUAUCACUGUUAACGGACUCCCAUGGCAGGAGUCAUCAGAUGAUCCUCAAAAUGAUACAGAUAUCAAACUCCUUGAAGAUCAGCUUGAUGAGUUAAUAGUGGAGGUGGCUUCCAAACGCAAUCAGUAUCCCAGAAAAAUUCAAGUGCAUGUGGUCCAAACACUUAAAAGAAAGCAAGAGUUAUUGGGCUGCUAUCGACCUCUUGCGAAUCAUCAAGAGAUAAAAGCAGAACCUUCUCAAGAUUCUCGUAUGGCCGACUUGAGGCUUUCAACAAAAACUGCAUCCAGGGACACUGGAGAGUUGUUUAAGUCUCUGUCAUCCCUUGUAGAAAAAGCAGAGGGUUUCUCAAAAGCAUUGUCUAUGCAACCAAUUUUGGGAUUAUGCAAAUUCCAUCAAGAAAUCUGUUCUGGCUCAGAAGUGAAAAAGGCGGAUGACAUUGAAGUCAAAGAUCUUAUGUUGCAAGUGGAAGUCGCACCCCCAGAAAGUGGUACCAGUAAUUCCAUUCUACUGAAAAAAAAGAGACGAUCUUAUUCCCCACAGAAACACUACCCACUUCAAACAGGAGUAAUUAAUCUUGAUACAUGAAAACUUUUUUUGUGGGGGACUACUGUGUAGCCUCCCCUGGCCCCGAAUCUGUCCACAUAAACAUAGACUGGUUUGCAAAAGCAUCAGUAGUGAUGUCCCCUGGAAUCCAUACCACCAAACCGAUCUUAUCUGGAAGUUACAGAGUUUUGUUGUUGGGUCCUCUCAUAUAGCUCUGAAUACUUCGCUGGACCAUUUCUUACUAAUUUUGAGCAUUGUUCUUUGAAACCGAGGCUGCUAUACCUUUGCUGUAUUAUAGCAGACUGAUCCAGCUGCAACAUCUUGAGUUGCUUACAACUUCUGAAUGGCCAGGAAUCUCCAGGGCGUACGUGCAGGAAGCUGUGCUCUAGUAAAGCUCAGUUCAAGCAGAAGACUCCAUGCCAUGGGGAGCAAAGAAGAAAGCUAAAAAAACAAAACCCUGCUGCAAACGUCCAAGUCUUUUGGCAUAAAAGCUGGUGGAUCACAGCAACAGUUUGCAAUUGUGUAUCAGUAUUGCUUCAGCGUAUAGCUUACUUGUACAGGUUUGUUGCAAACAUCAGGAGAUAGGUGCAGGCUGAACUGGGUGUUUGGUUGCAGAAUCAGUCUCCACCACUAAACAUCUAGGAAAUGAUGGGGCGAAGGAUCCAAUUUGGAGGUUGGCAUGAGUGUUUAAAGCAUUCCACACCUGCUGCUUCUCCUCUGCAUUCCCUUUCCCAGCUGCUUUUCUCCUAGCUACAGAAAUAAUGCAUUGAGGAUUCAUGCUGGGCAAAGGUUGUGUAGGGGACGAAUAGCAAGUGAGGAAAGGACUAAGGAUCUGUUGCAUGUCCACCAUUUCUUCCUUCCAAAACUGUUUAAAUGUUUAAUGGCGACGCAGGUACCAAAACAUAGGUCUGCCACCAGAUGUGUUUUGUCCUGAAAAGUAACCUGGAAUAUGUGCAACAUUUGGAAUUGUAAGGGAAUUCUUGGCUUGCAUGUAUUGUGACAUCUUGAGACAGUGUUCAUGUCUGGCGUUAACCUUCUUAUGGUCUCUUGAGUACUGCUCUCAUCUGUACCUCAAGAGUACAAGGUUUCGGAUUACUAAUCCAUGUAGUAGAUUGAAAGUGUUUAGAUCACAAUAUAAAUCUAGAAUUCUCAUAAAUUAA